AUGUUGUUGUACACGGAUAUCAUCAGCACGGAUGAGAUGUUCUCCGACGCCUUCCCCAUCAAGGAGGUCGACGACAUCGCGUACGAGGUGGAUUGUUUGAUGAUAACGGUCAAGGCUGGUGCCGAUGUCGACAUUGGUGCCAACCCGUCCUCGGAGGAGCAGGAAGAGGCGAUCGAGGACGGCGCGACUCAAGUCAACAACAUCGUUUACUCCUUCCGUCUCCAGUCGACGCAGUUCGACAAGAAGUCCUAUCUCACCUACCUCAAGGGUUACAUGAAGGCGGUGAAGGCUGAGCUCCAGAAGUCGAAUCCUGGUCGGGUUGAGGCAUUUGAGAAGGGUGCACAGGCGUUCGCGAAGAAGAUUGUCGCCAACUUCAAGGACUACGAAUUUUACACCGGCGAGUCCAUGAACCCCGAUGGCAUGGUUGCCCUUCUGAAUUACCGCGAGGAUGGUAUUACACCGUACUUCACCUUCUGGAAGGACGGUCUUAAGGAGGUCAAACUUUAG